AUGUCUUCAGUUUGACAACAUUAUUGGAUGGUCUCGACAGCCAGUUGGUGUGUGGGUAUGACUGCUACUUUUAAACCUCAGCUCGUGGUCUGAGGUUGAGGUAUGUUUGGAACAGAGGAAAAGAAAAUGAAACUCAUUCGAAGGCUCAGUAUCUGGGUUGUAUUGGCCAGCAUCACGAUGGUGAUAAGGUACCUGGCGGAUAGCCCUGCACGAGAUAAUAGGCUCUCCGUUGCACCAUUGUCGUGUUCUCCAAACAUGUCCGAGUUGGGGAACCAACCAGGUCACUCAGAUUCCCCAGAGAGCUUGUUCAGGGCGAAAGAGUGCACUCCUACGAGGAACAUCAUGUUCCUGAAGACCCACAAAACGGCCAGCAGCACAAUUCUCAACAUCCUCUUCCGAUUCGGCGAGAAGCACCAGCUGAAGUUCGCCUUCCCCGACAGCCGCAAUGACUUCUCCUACCCCUCGCCGUUCCUGUGCUCCGGUGUCAAAGACUUCAACCCCGGGGACUGCUUCAACAUCGUGUGCAACCACAUGCGCUUUGACCCCCGAGAGGUUGCCAGGCUUCUGCCGGAAAACUCUGUUUACAUCACCAUCCUGCGCGAUCCGGCCGUCAUGUUCGAGUCCUCCUUCAAUUACUACCACAAGACGAUCCCCUUCACCUAUGGCAUCGGCGGGGACAACAAAGUGUCCGAGUUCCUGCACGACCCCUGGGCGUACUACAGCCCGCAGGCGUACAACUCUUUCUACCUCAGGAACCUGCUCAUGUUUGACUUUGGCUUCGACAACAACCUGGAGCCCGAGCACCCGGCCGUCGCCGGGGCGAUAAGGCGCCUCUCCGAUCGCUUCCGUCUGGUGCUCAUCGCGGAACACUUUGAGGAGUCUCUCGUCCUGCUGAAGGAGGCGCUCUGUUGGACCACAGAGGACCUGGUCUUCUUUCAGCUGAACGCACGCCGGAGGUCCUCUGUGUCUCGGCUCACGCCUCGACUCAGGGCGAAGGCGUUGGCAUGGAACGGCGCCGACUGGAGGCUGUACCUGCACUUUAACGCCACGCUCUGGGCCCGGGUGGCGGCGUACGGGGAGGAACGGAUGGAGCGGGAGGUGAAGGAGCUAAGGGACAUGAACGCCAAGCUGAGGGCGAUCUGUAUCGAGGGCGGCGAGGCCGUGGAGGCCGCCGAGAUUCAGGAUAGAGGUUUAUUGCCGUGGCAACCCGUGGGGGAGGAGUCUAUCCUCGGAUACAACAUGAGGACAAACUUGGAGCCCAAAUACAGAGAGCUCUGUCGUAAGAUGCUCACACCGGAGAUACAGUAUUUAUCGGACCUCGGGGUGAAUCUGUGGCUCACGAGAUUAUGGGGCUGGAUUAAAGAUUGGAUUCCAGUAAUCGUGGGAAAUUAAUUGAUUCGUCGCAAAUCAUAUUUGGGCUUCAUUUCGUUGUUUGUGUUUUGUGUUUGCAGCGUGCUGAUUUUAACCCGUGUCAUUAUGCGAUUUGCAAAUAUUACAUGCAGACAGGCUAGCAUUGAAGACGCUUGUACAGAAUGGCUUUCUAUUUUUUUCAUUUAUUUUCUGUUUACAUGCUUGUUGAAUUUGAUUUGAAUAUGAUGACCUUUUUCGAUAGAUUUAUUUUUGUAAUUUUGUUAAUUAAACUUUGGUCGUCUAAUCAGACACUGGGGCUGGUUGGGGCCGCACCCCUCUGGUGCAUUGGACUAUAAAGAUACAACAGAUAAACCAUUACCGCACACACUAUUCAGUAUCAGAAUUCACAAGCUGCUCUGCUUUCAUGUAACCUGGUUUUCUAUUACAUCUACCUGUGUCCUGGUGUCAGCGGAAACCAGGAAAGCCACCCUGCUGGCAUGUAUUCUGGGUCUCUGCUAGAAUAUGGAACAACACACGUGAUCAUGAAUUGAACCUUCAUUCAUGUCUUACAAUACCGGCAAUUCCUGAAUGGAUAACCCUAGAAGGGAACAAGCCCUUGACGCAGCAUGGCAGUUUUCAAGCUAAGCUCUAUCAAUUUAGUCUUCAAACUCCACACUGACCAAAAGUGAUGCACUUUUAAAACAUUGAGAUUUCAGAGUUGUCAAGAGAGUAGAAAUGAUUACUUUAUUUUUAAAUAAACAUUCGAAAAA